AUGGAAAGCCUGGAUUUUCUGGGGUUCCUCCUCGUCACCUUAAAUUGCAACGUGACCAUUGUGGGAAAGGUCUGGCUUAUCCUCACUGUGCUGUUGAGGGUGGCGGUGAUCGUCCUGGCCGGGUACCCCAUCUACCAGGACGAGCAGGAGAGAUUCGUCUGCAACACCCUGCAGCCGGGAUGCGCCAACGUUUGCUACGACGUCUUCGCCCCUGUGUCCCACCUGCGGUUCUGGGUAAUCCAGAGCGUGUCUGUGCUGCUCCCAAACGCCAUUUUCAGCGUCCAUGUCAUCCACCAGGGAGCUGUGCUGGCCGCCCGGGGACUCUGCAGGUCACAGGCAGUGCCAGGCAGCGCGGGCCGCUGUGGCCCAGGCCCUGGGGAGAGGCGCGGUGAGCCGCCCUGCGGGGAGCGCUACCGCCCGCGUGUGCCGGACUUCUCCUCUGCCUACCUGGUCCAGCUCAGCCUUCGGACGCUGGUGGAGGCGGCCUUCGGGGCCUUGCACUACCUCCUCUUCGGAUUCUUGGUCCCUAAGCGGUUCUCAUGCACCCGCGCCCCCUGCAGCAGUGUGGUGGACUGUUACGUGUCUCGGCCCACGGAAAAGUCCAUUAUGAUGCUCUUCAUGUGGGCAGUCAGCGCGCUGUCCCUGCUGCUCGGCGUCGUCGACCUGGGGUGCAGCAUGCGGGGCAGAAUGCUCAAGGGCCGAGGCCCCUGGGUCAGGGAGGAGUGUGAAGCCGCGAUGCCGCCUCCCAGCCACGGUGCCGGGAGCCGGGAGGGCGGGUGGGAGCCACAGGGGCCACCCCCUAGCCCUGGCACAUGGACCCCAGGGGCUGAUGCCAAGGGUGAGGCCGGUGCUUCAGGGCACACGGGGCUUCCGGAUGAAGACCAGCAUGAGGUGAUGUCCUUGGCCAGCGACAAGCUGUCCCUGGCUUGCAAAGAGCCCCGCGGGGAGGCCGCCCGGGACCCAGGGGGCAAAGACUCUGUCCCCCAGAGCAGGCUGGCGGGACCCUACUCCUGUAGCCAGCUGCAGCUCUCCGGCCGGCUGGUCAGCUCUGGCAGUGCUCCUCAUCUGAGGUCCAAAAAGUCCGAGUGGGUAUGA